AAGCUGUUGCGGCCCGUCCUGCUACUCCGCCUCUCGCGAGUCGGGCACGUGGGCGGGAUCCGUGGAGUGGCGCCGGAUCCGGCUCUUUCCCUUGCCUGCGGCGAUGUCCUCGUCCAAGAGGAAAAGAAAGGGGCGCCCCCCCGCAGAAACCAGCGCUUCCCCCGCCGGCCUCCCGGACGCAGCCCUGGAGCACCGCGCUUGGCUGAGUUUGGCUGCUGCCGAGUUCCUGGAUGAAGUGGAUGACAAAGUCCCCAAAAGGUAUAGAACAUCUCUUGUGCAGCUGGCACUCAGCAGCAUGAAAUUGGCAAGUAUAUGCAUUGGACGGCCAGUAUUGCUUACGGGGAAAAGUGGAAGACAAGAGGUUUGUACUGCCUGGCCUGUUGCAGGCUUUCCUGCUGGAAAAAUUGGAUUAAGUAGAAUUACCCAGAAAAAUCUGAAAGUGGUAUCCGGUGACAUGAUCAUCGUCCAGCCUGUGACUGGUGCUGUGAUACAGGCUGAGGAGGUAGAGGUAAAGCUGAGGGCUAAGGAUAGCUGUCUUAAUGCUGAAGAGUUGUCUGGCAGUCUCCUAAGAAAUUUAGAUCAGGUGAUAGUUUUACCAGGCAAUAUCCUGAAAAUUACUUUCUAUGGUCGAUCUUGUGAUUUGAUGGUCACAAAGGUGAAAGGAACAGAUGGUGCCCUGCUGACAUGGAAAGAUAGCUCCAUUUCUAAGCCAUCACAGGAACUGCCACUAGAGAAUUUUGUCAGUGAUUCUGAUUUAUCUGUGCAGCUUGGCAAACUGGUCAUUGAAGACAAUGAAGGAGGAGCGUCUACCAGUACUCCAUGUAAGCAGAUGGAUCUCAGUGUAUCAAUUAAUGCUUCCAUAGAUGUUGUGCAGUGUGAUGAACUGAGUCCUGGUCCAACAGAGAGACUUUUAUUUCAUGAUGGCAAUUCAUCCUCGGUUGCACAGUCCGAACUAACCAAAUCAGAAGAUUGUGAGGCAUGCUUUGGAGAUGAAGAAUUACUUCAAGCUGGUAAAACAGGGACACUCCUGAACUCAGAGACUUUUUACUUCAUAUCUUCAAAGACUAGGAUCAGUUUCAUUGACUCUCAAACUAAAGCAGCAGAAGAAUGCAAUCCUGAACCAAAGAUUACUUAUGAUUCAAUAGGUGGACUCAGUAACCAGCUAAGAACCAUAAGGGAAAUGAUUGAACUUCCCUUGAAGCAGCCUGACCUGUUUAGAAGUUAUGGAAUCCCACCCCCGAGAGGGGUGCUUCUGUAUGGUCCUCCAGGGACAGGGAAGACGCUGAUAGCCAGAGCAAUUGCCAAUGAGACUGGUGCUUAUGUCUCCACAAUUAAUGGUCCAGAAAUAAUAAGCAAGUUUUAUGGAGAGAGUGAAGCCAAGUUACGACAAAUAUUUGCUGAAGCCUCUUUACGUCAACCAUCCAUUAUAUUUAUUGAUGAAAUUGAUGCACUCUGCCCAAAGAGAGAAGGGGCUCAGAAUGAAGUUGAGAAAAGAAUUGUAGCUUCUUUACUAACAUUGAUGGAUGGCAUUGGAUCAGAGGGCAGUGAAGGGCAACUUCUAGUCCUUGGAGCCACAAACCGUCCUUAUGCCCUAGAUUCAGCCCUGCGGAGACCUGGCCGCUUUGAUAAGGAAAUUGAAAUUGGUGUUCCUAAUGCCAAAGACCGGCUAGACAUCUUCAGUAAGCUUCUUAACAAGGUUCCUCAUUCAUUGACGGCAGCAGAGUUGGGUCAGUUGGCCAGCAGUGCCCAUGGAUAUGUGGGAGCAGACCUAGCAGCAUUGUGCAAAGAAGCAGGAUUGUACGCUUUACGGAGAACGCUUGGGAAAAAAGCCAACCUUUCAGAUGAUGCUGUGGCUGGAUCAGUGAUUAUCACAUGUGCUGACUUCCUGCGGGCAAUGAAUGACAUCAGGCCCAGUGCCAUGAGGGAGGUGGCAAUUGAUGUUCCAAAAGUAUCCUGGUCAGACAUUGGGGGAAUGGAAGAAGUCAAAUUGAAAUUGAAACAAGCUGUUGAAUGGCCAUUGAAGCACCCCGAGUCUUUCAUUCGAAUGGGCAUUCAGCCACCCAAGGGUGUACUACUGUAUGGACCUCCAGGCUGCUCAAAAACAAUGAUUGCAAAGGCUUUGGCCCAUGAAAGUGGGCUAAACUUCUUGGCAGUGAAGGGACCUGAGUUAAUGAACAAAUAUGUUGGAGAAUCUGAACGUGCAGUCAGAGAGAUAUUUAGGAAAGCCAGAGCUGUUUCACCUUCCAUAUUGUUCUUUGAUGAAAUAGAUGCCCUGGCAGUAGAACGAGGGAGCUCUUCAGGUUCUGGCAAUGUGGCAGACCGUGUCUUGGCACAAUUGCUGACAGAAAUGGAUGGCAUAGAACAGCUAAAGGAUGUAACCGUCUUGGCUGCUACAAACCGACCAGACAUGAUAGACAAGCAGUGUGCAGCAGUUGCAUCCUCAAGUGCCCUAUUUGCAUGAGAAUGACAGGAUGUGAUUGGACAAAUGAAGAUUAAUGAGGGGGUGUGAUGUCAGUGUGGUAUAUUGUCCUUAGAUUGAUUGUGCUCUGUGUUUCAUCAGCGCUGAGAAGUUUCAGUGUAGCAUGAAGCAGAAACUGGUGAAAAUACAAGAAAUGCUAUGUGUGACAGGAGUUUAGGUCUGUUUUAAUUUAAACAAACAAGAAGCAAACCCUAUUCACUGAAAUAAAAUGGGCAAAAUAGACAAGGUAAUAAGUGUUCUUGGAUACAGUAGAUUGUGUACUAUUCUGGUCACCAUACCUAGAAGAGGACCUUCUAGAGCUAGAAAAUACAGAAAAUGGAAACUAAAAGAUCAAGGUAAUGGGCCACCUGCCAUAUGAGGAAAGACUACAAUAACUGAGAUUAUUUAGCUUAGAAAAAAGGCAUCUAAGGGGAGAGGUGGGAGAAGUGUUCAAAAUUAUGCAUGGAGUGCGCAAGAGUGGAAAGGGGAGGGGUACUGGAACCCAGGAUCAUUCCAUGAAACUGGUGGGAGAUUCAGAACAGAUAAAAGGAAGCACUUCUUCAGUGCAUAAAUUCAGUUCCACAAGGUGUAGUAAUGGCCACUAAUUUGGAUGACUUUAAAAAGGGAUUGGACAAAUUCAUGGAGGAAAAGGCUGCCAGUGGCUUUUAGGCUCGGUGACCAUGUGCUACCUCCAGAAUCAGAGGCUGUAGGCAAUUAGUUUGCUACUGGGUGAACAGAACGCUGGACUAAUGGACCCUAACUCUGAUCCAGGAUUGCUCUUACGUCCUUAACAGUUGGUAUUUAUCCAGAUCAGUCAACUUUGAUGCUUCUAGACCCCAUGAACUAUGUGUGCUGUGCUUGCUUUUGCGUAGUCUGCACAACAGAACACAUCCAUUGCAGAAUCAGCAUGGUUAGCACAGCAACAGAAUUCUUCCUACAGUUAGGAACAAUUUUUUCUAAUUGUUUGGUCUGCUAUUAACACAAGGGGUUUGCUGCAUCUUAAAUUAGAAAGGUUGCAGCUUCUCUACCAUAUAUAGGGUAUAAUUGGUUCCAACAAAAGUUACUACAUUUUAUUUAUUUAAUUCACAGGUUUGUAUUUGUAUUAAUUUUGCUUCUGAAUCCAUUAUGAUUAAUGUUUAUAAUGUGUGCUAAUUUAAGGAAUAAUUUACGAUAGUCUAUUUCUGAUCAUGGUUUUCUCACAUAUAUGAAUUACUGUUCUUAAGGUUAAAUGGCUGUAUGAGAACAGUCUGAAAAAAUUGUAACCUCCUCAUUCCAUAUGUAAACUUGAUAAUCAGCUGCUUUUCAUUCUGAAUAAAUAAAUGUUCUGCUUGUCCCAAGGUACUUACGUGGUCCACUAAGCUCUUGCUUUUCUUUUGCAUCUUUUAAUCUCUGAGGAUCAAUAUAGCAACAGUGACCUUCAUUUAAGAAGGCAUAUUUUCAGAUCUUGGGUAUUACAGGUGCAUACAUUACAGACUCUGUCACUGAUGGAAACAAGCAAAGCAAGUUCCCUUGUCACAAACGGUUUGUUUGGGGGUAUUUUUAUAUUUGCAGUGUAACUGUAAUAAUUCAUAGUUGAAUUACAGUGCAAAAGUAUGAAGAAGGUUUCAUUGCAUUUCUUCUUAUUCUUCUAGAGAAUCAAAAUGCAUCUCUUUUUUCUCUUCAGGGUGUGUUUGCAGGUUAGAAUUGAAAUUAAAAGCUUCUUUAUGAAAAAAGACAUAUUUGAUUUUACUUGGAUAUGGGAAGCUUAUAUCAAAUACUUCAGCAAGCACUGGUCUGAUGUUCAAAAACCAGUGGAUGUAUGUUACCGGAGUUUAGUGUUAAUUAAAAGUAGCUUGGUUUUGAUGAAAAUAAAAAAUGAGUGAUUUGGCUGAAUCAGUAACAAGAUUUUAAGUUCUAGCCUUGAGCAAAAAAACAAUCUUUCCUCAUAAGAAACAUCAAAGUUUUGCCCUUCUGGAGGCUUAUGAAAGAAAUUCAAAUAUUCAAGUUUUAUAGGUGUACUCAUAAAGGGAAGC